GGUUAAAGGCACCACACCACCGUUUCAAUAAACCGUCCUUUGUACCGUUGAUGCGUGCGACUGUGCCUCCCAUUCGCUUCAGGCGGAGUGCGUGGUGUCUCAGGAUCAGGCCAAAAAUCUUCUUCUGCUUUUGUUGUCCCACCAAUAUGCUCCCCGCUAUCUCCCCCUCCAUCUUCUUUUUCAUCUCAAAAGCUUCCAUUUUUCCGCCGGAAUUUGCCAACUGACUCGUUUCUCGGAUCGUUUUGAGGAAGCCGGAGGCGUCGAUGAAUCCGUGUAAUCCGUUUUCCGCUGCAGCGGCUCAAGGAUUCGAGAAAAUCAAGCCCGAAAAUCCUCUCGGCCGCCUGGACUCUCGAGAUCCGGCGGCGCCGUCCACGGGCUCCUCGGAGAAAAUCAUCGUCGCGGUGAAGGCCGGGCGGGAGAUCUCCAGGAACGGUUUGGCUUGGGCGCUGACACAUGUCGUCAGGCCCGGCGACGUCAUCACGCUCCUCGCCGUCUUCUCGGACGAGAGCCGAGGGAGGAAAUUGUGGCGGUUCCCGAGGUUCGCUGGGGAUUGCGCCAGCGGCCACCGGAAAGCGCGCUUGGAUAGCUCGCCGGAGCGGAAAUGCCAGAUCUCCGAGUCGUGCUCUCAGAUGAUGCUGCAGUUCCACGGGGUCUACGACGAGAGCAAGGUGAAUGUGAAGAUAAAAAUUGUUUCAGCUUCACCGACAGGAGCUGUUGCUGCUGAAGCCAAAAAGGCAGGAGCCAAUUGGGUCGUUUUAGACAAGCAAUUAAAGACGGAAGCAAAACGUUGCAUGGAAGAAUUGCAAUGCAACAUCGUAGUGAUGAAAGGCUCUCAAGCCAAAGUUCUUAAGCUUCACUUACUGGGAUCACAAAAUGCAGAAGGAUCCCUUCCUCUGCCCGUUACGCCAGGGGAGGAACCGUGCGAGAAGAAAAAACAAAGUCGGCUAAAACACUCCACCCCCAUAAGCAGUCCGGAGGAAAUGGCCACUCCAUUCACAAGAACAACUGAGGCUUGGACGUCAAUGUCAAGUAGUAAUGACAUGGCAUCUCCAUUUACCUUUUUUGAAACCAAUCACCAUUUUGGCGUUCAACAAAAGGGAGAAUCAAGCUUCAGGGAGGAAGGAGAUUCAGAUGAUGCACUCACAGUCUUUGAAACAGAAAGUGAAGGUUCUACCUUUGGCUCACAGAGGUGGUCUGAUGCAAGACAGGAAUUAGCGUAUACUGAAUUAUUUGCAAGCCUCUCUCCAUAUUCAUCACGGUCAAUAGAUGACCACAGAGAUCAAUGGAUUCAUGUCGAUGAACAAAAGUCUGUUUUGAGCAGUUAUACCAAACGGGAAAAGGCUAAACACCGAAAUCCUAUUGAAAAGCGUCCAAAUUCAGUUUAUAACUCUGGUGUAAGAGAGGCAGUUUCUCUAUCUAGGAGUUCUCUAAUAGUUCCUCCGCCUCUCUGCUCUAUAUGUCAACACAAAGCUCCAAUUUUUGGGAAGCCACCAAGAUGGUUCAGUUAUGCAGAGCUUGAGGCUGCCACUGACGGCUUUUCGGCGGCAAAUUUCUUAGCAGAAGGAGGAUUUGGGUCUGUUCACAGAGGUAUACUAGAGGACGGUCAGGUGGUAGCUGUGAAACAACAUAAACUUGCUAGCUCCCAGGGAGAUGUUGAGUUCUGUUCAGAGGUUGAAGUUCUUAGCUGCGCACAGCACAGGAACGUGGUGAUGCUCAUUGGCUUCUGCAUUGAAGAGAAGAGGAGGCUCUUGGUCUAUGAAUACAUCUGCAAUGGCUCACUGGACUCCCAUCUGUAUGGCAGCAACCGACCACCAUUGGGAUGGCAUGCACGGCGAAAGAUUGCAAUAGGCGCUGCUAGAGGAUUGAGAUACCUUCACGAAGACUGCAGGGUCGGGUGCAUCAUCCACAGAGAUCUGCGGCCCAACAACAUUCUUAUCACCCAUGACUAUGAACCGAUGGUUGGAGAUUUUGGCCUAGCUAGAUGGCAACCCGAUGGUGGUCUAGGAGUGCAUACUAGGGUCAUUGGAACUUUUGGGUACCUGGCACCAGAGUAUGCACAAAGCGGGCAGAUCACAGAGAAGGCAGACGUCUACGCCUUCGGGGUAGUGUUGGUUGAACUAAUAAGUGGGAGAAAAGCCAUCGACCUGUCACGACCAAAAGGUGAGCAAUGCCUGACCGAGUGGGCACGCCCACUGCUCGAGUAUCACUGCACCGAUCAGCUGCUCGACCCACGGUUGGAUUUGGAUCUACGAUUUUAUGGGCACCAGCUCCACUGCAUGGUCCACGCAGCAUCGAUAUGUCUACGUCGAGACCCACAAUCAAGGCCAAAGAUGUCACAGGUUCUCCAGAUACUGGAAGAUAACACAUUGGCAGACCUGACCAACAAUGGAGGCUUGUCAAGCAUUGACACGGAGGCCGUGGGCAGCAGAAGCGGGCGCAUGGACGGACCGAGCCCUCGCAGCCUGGGUGCAGACUCAUUACCUGCUAAACCCCGCAGGCUUUCCCUUGAGGCCCUCAAAGCUGUUUACUGCGACAGAGGAGGUAGACCACUUUCGGCAAUUUAUUAAACAUUACAAGUUUGUAUUCUGGAAAAAUGUGAGGUUUCUUGAUUUUUCUUGGGUGAAAUAAUAUGAGAUGCAGUAUUUCACAAUGUAAUAUAGACCUGUUACCAAAGAAAUAAAAAAGGAAAAGUUUGCGAAAA